AAGAAAUAAAACAAUUCAAAUUUGAUAACAUUUUAAUAUGAGAAGCAAUAUCUUUAGGAAAUGUUUAACCCUAGUUUUUCAUAAGGCUACGUGUAGAACUAAACUCUGUGUGUAUUAUGUAGAUAAAGAACAAUUGUAUAACUCUAAAUCAAAUAUAGGAACAAAAAUUUCAAUUUUAUAUUAAGAAUAAAAUGUCAUUUUCCACAUACCAUUGCUUUCAAUAUGACUUAUGCUACAAAUGUUUCCUCAAUAAGCACUUUGGAAAUAUUAUUUUGAGGAUAAAAUAAAAGGACACUUGAAGUUAAUUAUAUUUUUCUCUUUAAGUAAAAUUCUGUAGUGUACGAUGUAGUGUACAGUACUCACUAUUCAGGCGCAAGGUGUCGCUCUUUACUUGGUGGAAAUAGUUGUUUCAAGGGUUGGUCUGAACAGCCAGGAACGCCCCAUACAAAAACGACUCCAUCAUGCCGAACGUUACUGUUAAAUGAUUCUUUGAAACUUCUCAAAAAUUCAGCUAGAUUUUUAACCCCAAACUGGAGUCUCUGGUACUGUAAGUGCAAAGAACUUUAUUUUGGAAGUCAGUGUCGUAUGCGAUGUUCGGCUCUCAAAGAAGGGGAUUGGGCACUCGGCGUCUGCUGCUGUCGCUUCUCCUCCUCACAGUCUGGGACCGGGAGUGGUCAGGUCCACUACUCGGUCCCGGAGGAGGCCAAACACGGCACCUUCGUGGGCCGCAUCACGCAAGACCUAGGGCUGGAGCUGGCGGAGCUGGUGCCGCGCCUUUUCCGGGUGGCGUCCAAAGGCCGCGGGGACCUUCUGGAGGUAAAUCUGCAGAAUGGCAUUUUGUUUGUGAAUUCUCGGAUCGACCGGGAGGAGCUGUGCGGGCAGAGCGCAGAGUGCGGCAUCCACCUGGAGGUGAUCGUGGACAGGCCGCUGCAGGUUUUCCAUGUGGAAGUGGAAGUAAAGGAUAUUAAUGACAAUCCACCUGUGUUCUCUCUCAGAGAACAAAAGCUGCUGAUUUCUGAAUCUAAGCAACCCGACUCUCAUUUUCCUCUAGAGGGAGCUUCUGAUGCGGAUAUAGGAGAGAAUGCUCUAUUGACCUACAGACUAAGUCAAAAUGAGUAUUUUUCUUUAGAAUUACCAACACAUAGUAAGCAGACUAAAAGACUGUCGCUUACAUUAAAAAAAUAUCUGGAUCGAGAGAAAACUCCAGAACUUAAUUUGCUACUGACUGCUGCAGACGGGGGAAAACCAGAGCUCACUGGCACCCUUCAGCUUUUCGUCCAAGUCUUAGAUAUUAACGACAAUGAUCCGGAAUUUGAGCAAUCAGAAUACAAGGUGAGAUUGAUGGAAAAUGCAGCUAAAGAAACUUUUGUGAUAAAGCUAAACGCCACAGAUCGAGAUGAAGGAGUCAAUGGGGAGGUAACCUAUUCCUUGAUGUCAAUUAAGCCCAAUGGAAAGCUCUUAUUUACACUAGAUGAAAAUAAUGGAGAAGUGAGAGUCAAUGGAACUUUAGAUUAUGAGGAAAACAAGUUUUAUGAAAUUGAAGUACAGGCCACAGAUAAAGGGAAUCCUCCAAUGGCCGGUCACUGUACAGUCUGGGUAGAUAUAUUAGACGCCAAUGAUAAUGCUCCUGAAGUCACCGUGACUUCUCUGUCUCUAGCAGUACGAGAGGACACUCAGCCUAGUACUGUCAUUGCGCUGAUCAGCGUGUCCGACCGUGACUCUGGCGCCAACGGGCAGGUGACCUGCUCACUAACACCCCGUGUCCCCUUCAAGCUGGUGUCCACCUUCAAGAACUACUAUUCGCUGGUGCUGGACAGCGCCCUGGACCGAGAGAGCGUGUCGGACUAUGCUCUGGUAGUGACCGCACGCGACGCAGGCUCGCCUUCGCUCUCCGCCACGGCCAGCGUGUCCGUGGAAGUGGCGGACGUGAACGACAACGCGCCGGCAUUCGCGCAGCCCGAGUACACGGUGUUCGUGAAGGAGAACAACCCGCCCGGCUGCCACAUCUUCACGGUGUCUGCGCGGGACGCCGACGCGCAGGAGAACGCGCUGGUGUCCUACUCGCUGGUGGAGCGGCGCGUGGGCGAGCGUGCGCUGUCGAGCUACGUGUCGGUGCACGCGGAGAGCGGCAAGGUGUACGCGCUGCAGCCGCUGGACCACGAGGAGCUGGAGCUGCUGCAGUUCCAAGUGAGCGCGCGCGACGCGGGCGUGCCUCCCCUGGGCAGCAACGUGACGCUGCAGGUGUUCGUGCUGGACGAGAACGACAACGCGCCCGCGCUGCUGCCGCGGCCGGGGACGGGCGGCGGCGGCGGCGCUGUGAGCGAGCUGGUGUCGCGGUCGGUGGGCGCGGGCCACGUGGUGGCGAAGGUGCGCGCGGUGGACGCCGACUCUGGCUACAACGCGUGGCUGUCGUAUGAGCUGCAGCCGGCGGCGGGUGGCGCGCGCAGCCCGUUCCGCGUGGCGCUGUACACGGGCGAGAUCAGCACGACGCGCACCCUGGACGAGGCGGACUCGCCGCGCCAGCGCCUGCUGGUGCUGGUGAAGGACCACGGCGAGCCGGCGCUCACGGCCACCGCCACUGUGUUGCUGUCGCUGGUGGAGAGCGGCCAGGCGCCCAAGGCGUCGUCGCGGGUGCUGGCGGGCGCCGCUGGCGCCGAGACGGCGCUGGUGGAUGUCAACGUGUACCUGAUCAUCGCCAUCUGCGCGGUGUCCAGCCUGUUGGUGCUCACGCUGCUGCUGUACACGGCGCUGCGCUGCUCGGCUCCGCCCGCGGAGGGCGCGUGCGCGCCUGGGAAGCCCACGCUGGUGUGCUCCAGCGCGGUGGGGAGCUGGUCGUACUCGCAGCAGAGGCGGCAGAGGGUGUGCUCCGGGGCGGGCCCGCCCAAGACCGACCUCAUGGCCUUCAGCCCCAGCCUUCCUCCGUGUCUGGAUAGAGAAGUUGGAGGGAAAAUCCAGGAGGCAGGAUCAAAUCACCCUGGGCAGUGUCCCAGGAAGUGGCUAAACCAAAAAGAACCUCCGGAUCUUUCUUGUACUUACAUAAUCAGUCACAUGAUGUCGCUGUACACUCAAAAGGUGAAACGGAAAAAUUUUGUCUCCGCGCCCAGAGUUCAUCCAUUGGCUGAAUAAGAUCGACUCCAUGUUGACCGGAAGGCUGGGUAAAUUUUACUAUAUAUACACCUACAGAAAGGGAGACUGCUUAUAAAGAUUCUCAGGUGAGCGAUCCCUUAAAUCUAACAGACCCACCUCAUAGAUCUUGUUAACUACA